AGGAGCAGCUAGGCAGCCGCCACUAAGGAUUGGCUCGACGCGGGAGAGGGAUUCAGUGAAACCACUUGUGAAGGCUGCAAGACCGCACAGCUCUCAGAGCCGGUGACGGGAGGAAAAGCAUCCAAUCUGCCCUGCUGGGUGCUCAAUACGGCAGCCUCUUAUUCAAGACACCUUCUGUGCCUUUCUGCGUCGGCGUCCAGAGCAGAGGAAGAAGAAACACAUCUGGUUGUGAAUCCCUGAAAGAAACUCCAUCAAGGAGAAUCCCGGCUUUCGAGAAGACAAGACGACAAGGAGAGGAUGAGUCCAAGUUGAAGGAUUUAGCUCCGCAAACGUUCUCGCCGGAUCGAUCUUUAGCAACCCCGGCAGUAAAGAGCUGAGAUCUCUCCAGAGCUGCAAGGAGGAUCUGGGGACCCUUGGAGGAGCAUACGCCCCACAGGAAAGUGUCACCACACAAGAAAGAAUCCUCAAAUGUGAAGGAUAAGGAUGUCCUCUGUCUAAACUUCCAGCUGGUGCAUCUCUUCUGGAGCACAGAUUGGAUAGGGGACGCUAGAGAGCAUCUUCCAGAGAACACUCUGGCUUUGGAAAAGCCAACUAGAUGGCAUGGUGGAUCUCCUCCAUGUAGUGCUCAAUCGAAAAUUGCGUCGGAAGAACCUAAGUCGAGCCUUGCCAGAUCAGAGCAGAGGUUGGUCUUGCCUCAUAUUGCACGUCUGAUACCAGCCAGCCAACUCCUUCCGGAAAGGCCACCGUGAAAACAUCACGUCUGCACAGAAGAUUAACUGGAACGUUGCGGAGUGAAAGGCACCCAUUUUCAAAGAGGCUUUGGGAAAACAGAAGGGAAUCUGAUCGGACUCCUUCGAAGAUGUCCGACCAGGAGAUCGAGGACUUUGAAGGGGACAACCUGUCCGAUACAUCACAGACGAUCCCAGGGCUCCCGCCCUACAACAUGGAGGACCAGCUCCUUCCGAUGGAGCGCCGGAGCAUCUGUGGCUGUUGGGCCUGGACUAUCCUGGUGGCGAUGAUGAACUCUUUGGUCUUUCUCCUGAACAUCCUCCUGAUGGCUGCCAUCCUUGCCAUAGUCCUCUUGCCCACAAUUGUGGUAGUCUACUUUGGCUUCCAGUGCCACUCCCGGGUGCUCCACUCCACCGCCUACUACUGCAAGACCAUCCUCGACGACAACAGCUCUUCCGCCCUGAUCAUCCUCGGCUUCGUCAUCAUGUCCCCGCUCAUCGUGGUCGCCAUGGCCAUCUACUGCAGCCUGGCACGCCGCCUCCGUCUCUUCAUGUGCUUCCAACCGUGCGCCCGGGCGGUCUACAAAGGCGUCAAGUGGAGGUGGUCCGAGGCGGGCGGGAUCUGCGGGUGCGCCGACGGAUGGAACCACCAAGUCAAGGCCUGGGUAUAAGCCGGGGGGGGUUCUUCGUCUCAGCCCCCUCCCUCCACAGAUGUGGGUGGACUACAACUCCCAUCACCCCCUGUCACAAUGGCCAAAGGACUAACAUCAACAUAAGAGCAUAAGAAUAGCCCUGCUGGAUGAGGCCCAAAGCCGAUCUUGUCCAGCAUCCUGUUUCACACAGUGGCCCACCAGAUGCCUCUGGGAAGCCCGCAGGCAGGAGGUGAGGGCAUGCCUUCUCUCCUGCUGUGGCUCCCCGGCAACUGGGAUUCAGAGGUGUCUUGCCUCCGGGGCUGGGGGUGGCCUGGUAUCACUCUCCAGACUAGUAGCCAUCGAUAGACCUGUCCUCCGCGAAUUUGUCCCAAGCCAACCAAGCUAGCGGCCAUCACCACAUCCUGUGGCAGAGAGUUCCACAGGUUAACUAUGCGCUGUGUGGGGAAAGUACUUCCUCUUGUCGGUCCUCAAUUUCCCAGCCGCGGAUUUCAUGGGAUGACCCCGGGUUCCAGUGUUGUGAGAGAGGGAGAAAGAUUUCUCUCUGUCUACUCCAUGCAUAAUUGUAUACACUACAACACCCCGCAUGCCCUGCCACAAUGGCCAAAGUAUGGGGAUAAUAGUAGUUGUAGUCCAGCCACACAUCCGGGUCAUACUCCACAGCCUGCUUUGCCACUCCGUUCCUACAUCCAGUUUCCUCUCUCUUUUGUGAUGCCCAAUGGAAACAGGAGGCAAUUCUAAACCCAGUAAAGGAUCUUUUUGCUGCUUUCUCUCUUGAUGUGGAAGGAUGCCAGGCCUUCCCGUUUCUUCUCGAACUCUCCAUGGUGUCCCCCACGGGACUCUUGCCUCAGCCACAGAAAUUCAGCUUUCGGAAGACGUGAAAAACCACACAGGGGAACCUUAAAGGCUGACGGGAUCAUGAUACACAAAGCACUUUGAUCACACACAAAUGUUCUCUUAUUGUGACUUCUAAUGCUUCUACGGCGACAGUUAAGGGGCAGCCGUUUUCUGAGUGCCACAUACGACAUCUUUUUUUGCUAUCUCUUGGAUGGUUUCAGGUCCGGCCUGUCCACUAGACAGACCCAGGCAUUUGCCUAGGGCGCCGAUUUCUGGAGGGUGCAUAAACAGUGGCAGCAUAUAGCACCGCCAAUUAUUUUCUCUCUCCCUUCUGUAUUGCACCCCUGAAGUACUGCACAGGGCUAUGACAAUGUAAGAUGUCAUCCUGCCCCUCAAAGGACAUACACGCUCAACACCCCCAAAAUGCACAGCAUUCUUUGUUCACUGCACCCCAAUAAAGAGCAAGAGCAAGUCAUAGGAACAUGGGAAGCUGCCUUAUACUGAGCCAGACCCUUGGUCCAUCUAGCACCUGAUUUAGCAUCCUCCUCCUCCAUUUAUUUAUAUACCACUUUUCAACAACAUACGUCCUCAAGUUGGUUGAUCCAGAAGGAAGGGGAUAGUUUUCUGCCUCCAAAGAGCUUACAAUCGGAAACGAAGCACAAGCUCAAGGGAGAGCCCAGCCACAGCCACUAGAGGGAUGACAUGCCAUGAUGCCAAUGUUGGACGACAAUUGUUCUCCCGCUGUGCAAUAUGAGACAUUUUAAACAGCCCUCCGAGGCCCCGGUCUCCUCUGCUGAGCACUGGUCUCAGAAGUGAGGUCAGCUAGGGAGAAUAUGCUGGGAUUUGUGCUAAAAAUAUCCUCUGCAACGUAAAAAGAGGAGGGGUCAGGGUCCGACCCCUCGCUUAAGACGUGACUGGGGCAACCACAGAGGUAACCAGACAGAUCUGCAGCCAUCUGGUGCCGUUUGAGCUUCAGGAUUGGGGGAAAAGGAUGGACCUUCGGCCGCCAUUUUGAAAAGGCCACCUGAUCCGUCAAGCUCUCCGCCUUUGUCGCCGCCGCUCAGGUUAAGUCUCUGCACCACGAUCCAAGUUAGGAGGAGACCGAGAUGCAAAACAGAGGCUAUUCUGACGGCUGGAAGGAAACAAAGACCAUAAACCAACGUGACAAUGGCGUCCAAGUUUUCUGAGCUUUUCUUGAUUUGCACUUGCUGCAGAACCCCUGUGUGGCUGAUGCCCCUGUGCUUGCCGAGGAUUCUGGGACCUAUUCUGAUCCAUGCACUCCAUUUGCAGCGGGCAGGCUAUGUGGCGGCUAUGUAUGGGCAGAAAACCCGUACUCCUGGACAGUGUUUUCCGACGUCCUUUCUCGCAACCCGGUUGAAGGCAACCGUCCAUUCUGUUGUCAUGAAACUGCAGUAGCGCUACAUGCGAUUUAAGCUACUUCAUAUCUUCCAUACGAUCAUCUGGGGGUGAUUUGGGGGAGGGAAGAGCCCCUACCCCAUUCGUGGCAGACGGGCAGAGCCUCUGUUGGGCUGUGCUAACUCACCCCACAUGUGAAUGUGGCAGCCGUGGGCUCCAAUAUUGCCUGAGGGAGCUGGGUCCUCCAAGGCUUGAGGGGGGUAGUGAGCUCCCAACAGAGAGGCACCAGAAGCUUUCUGCUGACUGGCCCCUCUAGCUGCAGAACUCUCUGACAAACAUGGCUGCUGGCUGCCGGGGAUGGCUUAAAACGGUGGUUUCAACACACAGUUUGCGGACUGAAGUAGGGCAGCUGUUUAAAAGUCGGACUGCCCACAUUUGAAUGGCUUGGUGAGGCAGGCAGCCUGUCAGUUCUCACUGCUGCUUCUUGGUCAUGUGAAAGACCUUCAGGCUUAGCUGACACAUUGACGAGGCCACAAAGCUGCACUUGAGAGUGCUGUGUGGCUAUUCCUUGAAUGAUGCGCUGUCCAAAGGAUCACUUCAGCUAGCACUGUCCUCGGGAAUAACAAAUGUUAGUCCCCACUCCAACCCUUGUGAGUCUUAAAAUGCGAGAAUGGAGAAACCAUUGGAUUGUGGCUAUCUUUUCUGCUUAUAUGGGCUCUGCACACAUUAGGCUAGUUCACAAGAUCCUCACGUAAACCCAGGCAGCUAUAUAAUGUUGUCAUGAAAUGAUCUGCCCUCACUCCGAAUAGGCUUCAUGGCAUCACAUAUUCCUGAUUGGUGGUCAUGUAAACCCAAACAAGAAGGCCCGAAGCAUUGUGAGCAUGUUCAGAUCCCUGCUGGUGCAGGACAUAAUUUCCAGUAAGAGUUGAAAAUAUAGUCAACCAGAUCUGACCUUAUGACGUCAUGAAGCCUAUUCAGAGUGAGGGCAGUCCGCCGGGACUCACACAGCCUAUUCAGAGUGAGGGCAGAUAGUUGGAGCUCACAGGGCCAUGGAUCCUGAGCGCGGUGCCCAGCUCCCCCAGCCUGGCUGGGCACACCUCCAAGCCAGCCGAGAGUCGUGCGAACAAGCCCGUGACCUGACGUGUCCAAUCACCCCAUUAAGAGAAACUCCCUGUAAUGCUCCAAACGCUGUUUGAAGCUGUGUGCCCCGCGCCAUCCUGCUCCACGUGGCCUCAUCCAGUUGCUGCUGCUGUGUAACUCUCGGGGGUCCUGAGCGCCCACCAUACACUGUCCACAUGUGCUUCCUAAUGUUCCUGCAAUCUCUCCGGCUGCAAAUUAAAGACGAUUUUUCUAUCGA